AUCGAACUGGAGAUGCUAUUUUCACAUAUUUCUUAGCUUUAGAUGGCAAGCGUGGCACUUGAAGGAAAUAGCAAUGAUAAAUCUUGUUUUUGCUUGUUUUAGAAUAUUUCUCUUGCUUGUAAGUUGUUUAGUUUGCAUUCUCCUGACAUUCAGUGUCUUUUUCUGAGUACAUGAGUCACUAAGACGCUUGUUGUGCAGAGCUGAUUGUUUUUCAUGCAUGGCGUCAUGCAACCAUGAGUGCAGAAUUUUAUGAUUUUUGAAAGCUCAGGUUUCAAAAAUUUGCACUGAGUACCUUAUUAUUUAUACACCAUUCUGUUGCAAAUUAGUUUUACUUUAAAUUUCCGAAGCGGGAAAGUCUUCAAAAUAUAAAGUUUUAUAGUUUUAACCUUUCAAAAAUGAAAAAAAUUAAAAUUUCAAAAAUCUUAAUGGAAAGAUGGCGUCAAUGAUAGUGCUAUAUUCAGACGGUCAGGUUUCAAAGGAACAGUCGCUUGUCAGGAUGAUCUUCAGCAGGAUAAGAGCUUUACUGUUACACAAACAAUAUAGAAAGCGGGACCUUGGCAAAUUUCACCACAUCACAAGUUAUAAGGAUGCUUAACGAUCCUACCAUUGGUUCUCUGUAUAAAAUUAAAAUUCAGUAUACGGAAAAUUUACUAGAAAUUUCCUAUCAAUGUCCUUGCAUUUCUGGACAUGGAUAAAAUGAAUAACAAUGUGAAGAUAAAACAAAUGACAGCAGGGUACACACACACAGAAAAAGCAUUGACAGUUAAUGUAUCUACAGAUAAAGACAGCCAAAUCGCUGAACUAUAUAUAUAUAGUUAAACGGGUCUACUCAUUGGAGAAAGAGCUAAAGGAGCAAAUUAAAAAGUCAGAUGAAAAGUUAAAAGAGGAGCUUCAAAAAUGCAGAGAAACAAUGGAGCAAGAAAACAAAGAGACAAUACGUGAAAUGGAAGAGAAGCUACAACAAGUCCAGCUAAGGGAAACAGCUAAUCAUAAUAACAACAGUGAAGUUGUGAUACUCCAACAAAUGGUAAUGGACAGGUUUGCCACAAUAGAACAAAAUCUUCAAAAGGUUUCAAUUGUCAUGGAAAAGCAAGCAGAAGCAAUCCAAGAAGGACUUCAUGAUACCAAAAGGAAAGUAUCCCAUGAGAUGUCAGAAAUGAAGGAUGAAAUGAGCGAAACAACUAAAAAAAUGACUAAGAAGAUAGAGGAACAGGGAUCAGCCAUCAGAGAUGAAGUCCAGAAUACAAAACAGGAGCUGAAAGAUGAAAUGGAAACAAAAAUGAACGAACAAGCAGUAGAAGUGACUCAAAAAAUAAAAGAAUUAAAGUCAGACAUCCAAGAAGCUAUAAAUCCAGCACCAGAGCCAAAAGAGGAAAUUAAGUACAGUCCCUGUGAAGAAGCUGAGACUCCACUUGAUAAAAAAACCCUCUCAGUGUGUAAUAUCAAGCUCUAGCGCUAACUGUGGUAUUGAUUCUAUUCCUGCACAAAACUCCCAUGGAACCAGCACAGACAAAUUCAUAUGAACCUAAUUCCGACUUCUAACAUUAGUAACCACAUAAUGACAUAUACAUACUUGUAUUAAUGAUUAAUGAUUAUCUUUUGCAUAUCUUUGACUGCGCAAUAUGCUAGUCUAUGUA